ACAUAUAUAUAAGGAGGAAAAAAGAAUAUAAAUCGACGGGAAAAGAACAAGACCAGUGGGGAUAAAAUCCUCUCCACUAGAACUAGAAGGAAGAAAAAAGAAAAAGACAAACUGUGUUUAAAGUUUGUUUGUUUCUUCACAGCAGCAGUGUUCAUGAAUCGAAGUAAGUCUGGUAUAUCAGUUUAAUUCGGAUCCUCAAUUUUUCUUCGAAGCUGUAGAUGGCGACCCGGUUCUCCUUGUCAAAGAGGCAACUGUCACAACAACAGCAGCAACAGCAGCAUCAGUCGAGGGCUAGGUGGACUACAUUCUUAACAAAGGUUCUUACGGACUUGAUGGUUGAUCAGGUUUAUAAAGGGAAUAGAAAAAACAAUUCUUUCAACAGGAAAGCUUGGAGAUGUAUAUGUGAUGAGUUCUAUAAAAAAACUGGUCUAAAGUGGGAUAAGGAACAACUCAAGAAUAGAUAUUCAGUUUUGAGAAGACAGUAUGGUCUUGUGAAGUCACUUCUUGAUCACGGUGAUUUCUUCACUUGGGAUGAUUCCUCUGGGACUAUUAUAGCUACUGAUGAAGCGUGGGCUAAAUAUGGGCAGGGACAUGCCGAUGCUGAGAACAUAAAACUGAAUGGAUGCCCUCUCUAUAAACAACUAUGUUUGAUAUUCUCUGAGUCGACGACAACCAAUGGGAAAAAUGUCCAGUCAGCUGAACUUGAGGGAGGGAUUUCUUCCUCGCUUCCUUAUCCGCAGCCCUUGAAUGUAAUCCAAGAAGUUACUUCUUCAGAAUCUGAGGAUGAGAUGGCAGACAAUGAAGAAUUCCCGUCUGCUAUGCCUAGUUCCAGUUCAACUACCGUGCGAAAAAAAGGUCGCAAGGGGAUUGAUGACGCUAUUGCAGGAGCUAUAUUAGAAAUGGCAGCAGCUUCAAAGAUGAGAACAGCUGCUGUAAAUUACUCUAGUGGCAGAUACACUAUUGCUAAUUGUAUCAAAGAAUUGGAUCAAAUGCAGGUAGUUGAAGAACAAAUCUAUCUAGCAGCUCUGGAUCUGUUCCACAACCGUAAUGCAAGAGAAACAUUCUUGUCCUUAAAAGGUGAGAAACGGUUGACUUGGUUACGUAGAAAGUGUAUUGGGCAAUGGCAAUCCAGUGCCCAAUAUUGAUAGAACUCUGCAUAUAAUUAGUCCUAAAUAUUGUGCAUAGUAAACAGCAGUUAUAGUAGUUGUGUAUUAUCACCAACCUUCUGUUUUGUGACAUUAUUAUACUUGCAAUAAAAUUAGUUGCAUAAUCAGCUUUCGAUUU